AUGCCAAAGUUUCUCAAUUAUAAUCAUUAUUUACUCUUUUUUGAGUUGAAAGAGGAAUACAAUAGUGUCUGGAAUGUCUUCGGAUGCUCUGAUCGGGUGUUCAAAUACACCCCUGAUUUCUCUUUUCUAGAGGAAUCUCCCAUAGUCCCGGUGUGGUGCUCCCUCUUAGGGCUCCUACAAAAUCUUUUCGACCCCUCUGCUCUCUUCUCAAUUGCCAGCUGCAUUGGCAACCCUAUUGAGACUGAUGUCGCUACGAAAAACCGUUCGAGAUUAUCCGUCGCAUGGGUGUGCGUGGAGAUUGAUCUCAGGGACGAGCUCAUCAAGGAAAUUGAGCUCGAUCAAGUAGGCAAGACCACUAUCCAGAAAGUGGUCUUUGAGAGAGUUCCUCCGUUUUGCACCCUGUGUAAGCAUGUAGGACAUGGGGCUGCAGAACGCUACACUAGGGGCAACAAGCCUCGACCUAAUUUGCCCCCUCGUCGCUGCGUAGAGAGAUAG